GCCGGACAGCCUUUGUUAACCGGGGAGGGCGCGGCCGCGGGGAUUUUGGCUGCGGGCUUCGCUGGCUCUACUAGCUCACCAGCUUGGCGUCGAGAUGUCCUACAUCCCGGGCCAGCCUGUCACCGCCGUGGUGCAAAGAGUUGAAAUUCACAAGCUGCGCCAAGGUGAGAACUUGAUCCUGGGCUUCAGCAUUGGAGGUGGAAUUGACCAGGAUCCUUCCCAGAAUCCUUUCUCAGAAGAUAAGACGGACAAGGGCAUUUAUGUCACACGGGUGUCUGAAGGAGGCCCAGCUGAAAUUGCAGGGCUGCAGAUUGGAGAUAAGAUCAUGCAGGUGAACGGCUGGGACAUGACCAUGGUCACACACGAUCAGGCCCGGAAGCGGCUCACCAAGCGUUCGGAGGAGGUGGUGCGCCUGCUGGUGACUCGGCAGUCACUGCAGAAGGCCGUGCAGCAGUCCAUGCUCUCCUAGCAGCCCGCUGGUCCAGUCCCGGCCUGCCCGCCGCCUCUGUGUGCAGUCACCCCACUUCCAUGGGCUCUGCACCGCAUCCUGACUUCUGCUGACUGCGGGUCCCAGCACAGAAGGUCCAGCGUUUGUCCCCAGGCCUGAUCAGCUCUUCUUCCUUUCUUGCACCUACUGGCCCUAGGCUCCGGGGCCAGCUCUCUCCCUUAGACACCGAGUGGAAACGAGUACCUGCAGCUGAGUUCUAGUCAGUUUGUAGUGACUACAGGCUCGCAACCCCCCCAACCCCCGGCAGUGCCCAGGCAACAGCUGGGCAAGGGCAGUGAACUGGCCUCACCCAUACUGUGCCCAGGUGCCCCAGUUCUGUGUGCCCUGUGUUUCUCGGCACUGCCCAGAGGAAGCUCGACACACUACCAAAAGCUUGCCUGGAUGAACACCAGACAGGCACACAGUUCACUCCAUCACAUCCUCACUCCUCCGAGGGGCGCUGGUCUCCCCCAGAUUCCCCCAGCAUUAGACAAGGCUAGAGGCUGCCAUUUCAGGGUGGUUCUUAGGACUGCCUUUCCUCUAAGCCUGUUGGUUUAACUUUUGUAUUUUUGUAAUCACAACUUUGAUACAAAGUGUUUUUAUUAGACUGUUUGGAGAUGCCAGUUCUGCUUUUGAAUAUCUCUCAUUUCACAAGCAAAUGGACAAGCCUUACUUUAGAGCCCAUAGAGAUGGAGCUGUGGAGCUGCCCCACACCUAAAAUCUUACAUUUAAUAAAUAGUGCUGGAAUUCACAAGGGGUUUUUGGUGGGGCCCGGAUCUUUGGGGGUGGGGGGGCUGCAGAGAGCAUUGGUAAGGCUGGCUAAAGUGGUUUCUGUCACUCUCGGACAAAGCCAGACUAUUUCCACAUCGACCUGAUACUGCUUGACUACAGCCACAUCUUAGGAACGUCUGGGAAUAUUAGCUUUACUAGAACUGGGUCCGGGAGCCUCUGUCUUCACAGUUAACCAAGAAUAGCUUACAGCAGAACAAGCUUCAUGGACCCUAAUGGGCUCAUGGGGAAUACCCCUCCCUAAUACUCAUAAGAACAUUCAAUUGAUGGGGUAGAGAAAGUACAGGGGUUAAGGCACUUGUCUUGCACAUGUCCUACCCUGGUUAGAUCCCCAGGACUCGUGGUCACCCUGAGCAUCACAGAGUGUGGCCCUACUCUCAGGCUCCUGAAAAAAGGUCUGUGGGCUUAGGCUGAAGUUCCUGUUUCAGAGAAAUAUGAUCCUAAGCAUUUGUUAAUCUAUUGCAACCAAAAAAAAAAAAGAAAAAAAUCUAUUGCAAGUGGAUGAAAAAUCUGGAAAUUAAGACCUACCCCCCAGUCUCCCCUGCUCGCCAGGGAUGGCGUGCCCUUAAAGACCACCUAAUCUGUGUGCACAGCCACAGUGGGUGCCCUCAGGAGUACAGAGAUGUGACCUGUGGGACCUCCCUGGUCUUGAGCAUCUUGUACAACCUAAGAAGGCUUCCUGCUGAAGUGCUGGGGCAGCUGGCAUCAGUGGGCUUCACAGCCCGUUGCAUCUGCUCACGUGUCUCAUGUUCCCAAGCCCUUGCUGCUAUGUCCUGUAGCCUGCAAAUGUUCAAGAGUGUGAAGCAAGGAAGGAAAUCCAGGUUUAAGACUCAGUGGCUCUGGGGCCGGAAUGAUAGUACAGCAGGUAGGAUAUUGUCUCGAAUGUGGUUGACCUGGGCUUGAGCCCUGGCACCCCAGAUGGUCCCCCAAUCAAUCUGUGCCAGGACUGAUUCCUGAGUGUAGAACCAGGAGCAACCCCUGAGCACUGCUUAAUAUGAGCGGAACACAAAAAAAACUGAGUGGCCCCUCACACUAAUCUCAUAUAAAAUGUUGGGGACCCACUCAAUCAAGGCUGGUUCAAGGCACAUCCUAGGAUCCACUCCUGCCUCUGCAAGGGUGACUGGGUGGGAAAGACGAACUAGGGAUUCGGGUUUAGCCCAAGAGAACUCUGCAAGGUGGUCUCAAGUCCUUAUUUAAGCCUCCUGAUCUGACAGGUGAGUCUCACGCAGGGUUCUGGGGAAGUGAGAGAUGGGCCUGUAACUCCAGGGGAGCUUCUCGCCAGUGGCAGGACAGGCUUUAAGGCAUGGACGGGGCAUAUGUGCAUGUCUUAUACUGAAGUACAGUGAGAGGAGCAGCUGGAGAAGUUCACGUUGGAUCCUGGAUUCUGGGCAAGUGAAGGGACUCAGAAGGCAGAAAAUAAGGCACUCACAGGU